UGGGGUCCUUGAGAGAUUUGUUCAGGCGGAUGUUUGGGCAGCUCCGGGAAGGUUGGUCACGUCAUCAGUCGUUUGUGUGUGUGAGAUGGAAGUGCAGCGUGGAAACGUGUGUGUGUGACAGAAAAUUGAAAAAAAAAGAUCUCCAGGUGAUCAUGGCGAAGCUGCUGGAUUUCCUCUUCUUUUCCUCCUGUGUUCUGAUCUUUUCCACCGUGCUGGUGCAGGGAGCCAGGCAGAGUCAGGACAUCAAGUGUGGAGCAUGCAGAGCGUUGGUGGAUGAGAUGGAAUGGGCCAUAGCACAGGUAGACCCCAAGAAGAUGAUCCAAACCGGUUCGUUCAGGAUCAAUCCGGAUGGGAGCCAAUCAACUAAAGAUGUUCCGUUUGUGCGUUCAGAAGGUCAUCUCCUGGAGCUGAUGGAGGGGGUGUGUGAGAAGAUGAAGGAUUACGGUGAAUCCUUGGAUCCUGCUACGAAUCGUAAGACGUACGUGAGGUUCAUGGCACGCGAAGGCGCGUCUGAGGACGUCUCGAACGUCUCCUACGACUCGAGAGUCUCGGCCGGCUUGAAGUAUGCUUGUGAAAGCAUCGUGGAGCAGAACGAGGAUGAAAUCAUCGAAUUCUUCGCUCACGAGACCGACAACGUUAAAGACAAACUCUGCAGCAAGAGAACGGAUUUAUGUGACCACGCUCUGAAGAUACCUCACGAUGAGCUUUAACAUCAGCACCUCUCUCGUCACGUUCUAACAUCAUGUCACGUACAGUGGGAUUAAAUUUGAACUUUUAGCACCAAUCAAACACUUCAGAUUCUAUUCAAACAGGCUUCAGAUGUACAUUUAUUGAAUCUGUUUUUUUGCGGUGUGUGUUUGUGUGUAAACACAGCACACACACAUACUGGUCUAAACAUGAUACUGAAACUGCCUCGAGGGGAAACGUGACCAUCCACACACUUUGUGUAUGUCGUGAGCCAUGAAGCCGUCCUGAGGAAUUACUCCUGAUGAUUCUCACAGCAUUAAAUUAGGCGUACGCAGGAUAGAAAACCUUGUGUUUAGAUUUCUGUUUUAUUUUCAUUUUCUGAUAUUUAAGGUCACACGUAGAUUCUUACGUUUUUUCAUUACGUUUUGUACAACGUAAUGCUCUUGUCUGACCUUUUUCUUUUUUGAGUCUUUUUUUUUUUUUUUUUAUAAACAUGUUUUCACAACGAGUGUUUGAGUCUUUACUGCUUUUCAGAGAUUAACAAGAACGUUUAGAAUGAGCCGAUUAGGAGUCGCAGUUGACGCUUGUGGAAAUGAAGUGUUUCUUAGAGACGCUUCGUAAUAACUGAUCAUUUCAAGCAUUAACCAAUAAUCAGGAUCAGCUCCUGAAUCAUCUAAAUAAAUAUAUACAGUACAAUUA